AUGUACGCGCGAGUUGCCACUAGUGGGUCCGUAAACGACGGCGACGACAACCUCGAAAAUUCGCAAGAUGCCCUCAACUCAGCCUUUGCGAAACGAGUCGUACGGAAGAUCGAUUUCUGGAUUCUGCCACUGCUUUUUGUGACGUACAAUUUCAAUUUCAUGGACAAGACGAUUCUUUCGAGUGCUUCUGUGUUUGGGUUGAAGGAUUCUACGAACCUCAAAGGCUCGCAAUAUAGCUGGGUCUCCUCAAUCUUCUACUUCGGCUAUCUCUUCUGGGAGUACCCAACAUCGAUCUUAAUUCAAAGACUUCCAGUUGGCAAGUACGUCGCAGCGAAUACUUUCUUCUGGGGUGCUGUGGUCGCUCUUACCGCAGCAUGCACAAACUAUGGCGGUCUGAUCACCGUACGUUUCUUGCUUGGCGUAGCUGAAGCGACAAUCUCGCCUGCGUUCCUCUACAUUACUUCCAUGUGGUACACACGAAGCGAGGUACCGACGAGAGUCGGGAUCUGGUUCGCUGGCAACUCUCUGGGUGGUGUCUUCACUUCCUUUCUGGCAUAUGGACUCGGCCAUGUGAAACAUCCAUUGGAACCAUGGCAGUGGCUGUUCAUCGUCCUCGGAUGUGCGACUUUUCUGCUGGGUUUCGUUCUCCUGUUCAUGCUCCCGGACUCGAUAGCAACUGCUUCCUUCCUGACUGCAGAGGAGAAGGCAUGUGCAGAGCAGCGUGUGAUCCUUGCAGGAACAGGAAAGGCCAAGCACGAUUGGAAGCCGGCGCAAACACUGGAAUGUCUGAUGGAUCCGAAGACGAUCUUUUUCUUCGCCAUCUCGCUCCUCACGCAAAUUCCCAAUGGUGGCACGCAGAAUUUUGGCAACUUGAUCCUCAAAGGAUUUGGCUUUACCAGCCUGCAGACGACACUAGUCACUUUGCCGGCCUCGUUUGUCUCAAUCAUCUCAAUUCUCGGAACUGGGAAAGCAGCUGGCAAAUGGCCAAACAUUACCUUGUUCCUGAUCUGCGCUUCAGUGCUUUGUCCCUUGGCCGGCUCAGCCAUCAUCUAUGCAGAGGGGCCAUCUCAAGGAGUCAAGCUGUUCGGAUACUACCUUUUGUCGACAAGUUAUGCUGCCUUGCCGUUAUCGAUGUCGCUCGUCGGUGUGAACUACAGGGGUUCGACCAAGAAGAUGACCAUGACCGCGAUCCUCUUCCUCGCAUAUUGUGCUGGUAACAUCUCUGGCCCACAGUUCUUCAAGACAAGUGAGGAGCCACAUUAUCCCACUGCUUUCAGAGCCAUCAUGAUCUGCUAUGCAUUGGUUGUGGUGACAGCUAUGGGCUUGAGGGCAUAUCUGAUGUUUGAGAAUAGAAGGAGAGAUAGAGUCGAGGGUGCAGUGGACGCCGAUAGUAUAGCUGAUACUUCGGCAGCUACGAACGAGGAGGGAGAGGACGAGUUGACGGAUUGGAAGAUGCCUGGGUUUCGGUAUCGCAUGUGA